AUGUUCAAUCAAAGAAGUAUCAAUCAUGUGCUACAGUACAGACACACCUUAACAUCAAACCUUCUGUGUUCCAGGGUAGAUUCCAACAAGAUUCUUGGGCUGAAAAUCCCCAAUAUCGACCCCAUUCUCAAUGCUAACACCGUGUGCUUGAACCUGCCUGGACUGAACCACAGACAACUGGAGGUGUGCAUGAGAAACCCCGACGUCACCGCCUCGGCCAUCCAAGGGAUCCAGAUCGCCAUCCAUGAGUGCCAGCACCAGUUCAGAGGACACAGGUGGAACUGCUCCAGCCUGGAGACCAGGAACAAGAUCCCAUACGAUAGUGUGGUUUUCAAACGAGGUUUCCGAGAGAGCGCCUUCGCAUACGCCAUCGCGGCAGCGGGCGUGGUCCACGCCGUGUCCAAUGCCUGCUCCAUGGGGAAGCUGAAGGCGUGCGGCUGCGACGAGAAGCGGAGAGGCGACGAGGAGGCUUUCCGCAUCAAACUGAACCGGUUGCAGCUGGAGGCCAUCCACCGGGGGAAGGGCAUGGUGCACGGAGUCAUGGAGCACUUCCCUGCAGACCUGCCCGGGCCUCAGGACUCCUGGGAGUGGGGAGGCUGUAGCCCCGACGUGGACUUUGGGGAGAAGUUCUCCAGGGACUUCCUGGACUCGCGCGAGACAUACAAGGACAUCCAUGCCAGGAUGAGGCUCCACAACAACAGAGUUGGCAGGCAGGUGGUGAUGAACCACAUGAGACGGAAAUGCAAAUGUCACGGGACAUCAGGAAGCUGCCAGCUGAAGACUUGCUGGCAAGUCACACCGGAGUUCAGGGUGGUAGGCUCGCUGCUCAAGGAGCGUUUCCACACAGCCACCCUCAUCAAAGCCCACAACAGGAACACGGGCCAGCUGGAGCACGCCCACCACCCCACACACAGACGACUCAACGAGCUGGUCUACUUUGAGAAGUCCCCGGACUUCUGCGAGAGGGAUCUGCGGUCCGACUCGGCCGGAACGCAAGGGAGGAUCUGUAACAAGACAAGUCACGAAAUGGACAACUGUGAAAGCCUCUGCUGCGGGCGAGGCCAUAACAUUUUACAGCAGACCCGCAGUGAACGAUGCAAUUGCAAGUUCCACUGGUGCUGUUACGUGGUCUGCGAAGAGUGUCGAAUAACAGAGUGGGUCAGUGUCUGCAAAUGA